AUGCUGAGGUCUGCUUUGAUUGCCACUGCACGGCUGAUGCCGGUAUGGAGCAAACUGGUGCCGGUGAUGCCCGAUGGAGCUCUUUUCCCGGACUUCGACUGCGUGCAUGUGGGUGUCAUUGAUGGCAUCGACUGGUCCGAUUGGUUGUCCAUCUUUGAGAAGGCGCCCAAGUCCUGGGCGGCCGAAGGCUCCAGGUACUUUGAUGCAUUCAUGGACGCAGAUGCAGAGUCAUACCAGCGUUGGAAUGAAGCUUGCCCGUUAGGCGUCCUCAAUGCAGAGUUGGCCCUCUAUUCCUUUGCCGUGACAAACGGCGAAAUGGAGGUGGCUGCUUCCUACCGGGAUGUGGCUGGCUCAAAGAUUCGAGACCUGCCCUUGCGCAUCAUGAUAGGCUCUAGGUGGCCUUUAUUGUUGCUACUCUCGUCUGAAAACCUCAGGAAGCAUGCCCCACCUCAAGGCAGUCCUGACAUCGCCAACGAUGUGACGGCCAACUGCUUACACGUGGAGAACCCGGUCCUGAACUGGCCCAGGUUCCAGUCGCUCUUCUGGGGUGCUGAGGAGAAGGUCAAAGAAUGGAUGGUGGAAUCGAUCCGCUAUGUGUACUCAUGGCAGAUGGUGCAGAUCCCGAAGGAUGUCAUGGCGGAAUGCCCGUUGGGUUACAUCACUGCCGUGCUCAUCAAGGCCUUUACUUGCGCCACCUCAGAAAGCAGCUGCUUUGAGAGCUUUGCUAGUCAGGUCCAAAAUUUCUUCGUGACCCAGGCGAACCUCUUCGAAGCUUUGGCGCAUAGUUGGUGGCCGUUGUCCAUGCUGAUGAACCACAUGGCAAGGGCUGCCAGACACAAGUACUACUUGGACUUUACUGAGGAUGAGCUUGCUGGCAGCAUUUUGGCCCCACAACAAGGGCCGCAGGUCCUGGCAGACACUGGGCGGUGGCUGGCGAUGCAGGUUGGUGCCUCGCAAAGCUUUCGAGACCUGCUUGCUGCCUUGCCACAUCUGGGAGCAGCGCCCAAGGAGGCCCCAACUCUCGUCUAUAUCACCAUGAUCUAUGGCAAGAGCUUCAACAGGCACUUGCGGCGCUUUUGCUCACGGGCACAGGCUCUAGGAACACCAGGGGCACGCUUACUGCUUUUCACGCUCGACCAAGAGGCCUUUGACUUGUGCUGGGCCGAAAACGGCAGGCGCUGCAUCAGAGGAACCCCCUCCAUCUUGAAUAAGUUCACCUUACCGCUUCUUUGCGCCCGGCUGGGCUUGGACUCGGUGUGGAUUGACUUAGACGUCUUUCUGAUGGCAGACCCCACGCCGGCCAUCGUGGCCCAUGCGGAGCAAGGACCAUAUGAAAUCUUAAUCUCUGGCUCCUUUGAGGCCGACUGCAUUUGCAACGGAAUUGUUUACUUCCGUUCCACCGCAACCGUCUCCAAUUGGCUGCUGGCUGUGAUUGUGUGGAUGUACCACCAUCCAUAUGAACAUGAUCAAAAGACUUUCAGCGCAUUCUUGAACUACACAGAGCAGGUUACCCAGGAUCCGCUGGACCUUCCGCCCAUCCCCUCAUGGGAUACAUUGGAUCCCAUCAACCAGUUUGUCACACCUGACAUAUUUGAAGGAAAUGGAUGGAUGGGGGACUUGGACAAGAUCCUCAUCUAUCAUUUCUUGAAUGGUGACUCAGAUACUGGUUCUGGGUUGGAUCCCAGCGGCACCUGGCGACGUGAGCACGGUCGUUUCGGCAACGCCAACGGGAGCACCGCUUCCUGCGGCACCGGGGCGGGUACUGCAGCCUGCACGAAGGUCACCCUCAUGGACCUCUUCUAUGGUCAGGAGGAAGAGCUGUACACCACCGCCAUGCCUGCAUAUCAAAACCAGGCCAUUCGGGCUGCCUUGCUCUCAGCACGAAAGGAGUUCCGCAGCACAAAGUUGCUGGGUAUGCCUUGUGGCCCCAUGGUGGGCUGGCAAAACGAGGGCCAACGCUUUACCAAAGAAGAAGUUCAGGAGCGGCUCGAAGCUUCAAGGCGGAAAUGGAAAGCCCAACAGAUGGCUGAAGGGGCUGCAGCUUCAUAA